AUGAAUCAGUUUGAUGACCCAUCUCAAGACCAAGACGAAACUCAACCCAGUGAUCAUCUUCUGCUCAAACUUUCGCCAUUCUUUGACAGCGGCAGUCUAAGUGACAUCACUUUGAUGGUUGGGUCAAGCAUCUUCCAUGCCCAUAAACUGAUCUUAUCUUCAUGGAGUCCAGUAUUCAAGGAGAUGUUACUCAAGAGGUCAAACUCAGACGAGCCACAUGUCUUGGAGGACGAUCAAGAAUAUGAGGUGAUCUUCUCUGACUUUUUAAAGUUCAUGUAUACAGAGACAAUUGAGAUCAGUAAAGAUACUGUCUAUUCCUUUAUCAAGCUUUCUAAGAAGUAUGAAGUCGAUGAGAUUUGUGAGCUGUGUGAGGAAUUUCUUAUAGGAGAGGUUUCCAAUGACACUAUAGCCCUCCAAACACUUACAGAUGCUGAAGAGUUUGGAUUUACCAAGAUGUAUGAUCACUGUUUCAAGUUCCUUGAAACAAACUUUUUUCACCUAUCCGAUUCCUCUUUACAAAAGAUGGGUCCGAGUUUGUUUCUUAAGAUGUUGGAGAGCUCCGACCUGGUUGUGCUAAGUGAAAGGCAUCUUUUCAAUCAAGCUGUUGAUUGGCUUUACACAGGUGGUCAUGACUAUGAUAAGUACACUAAGGAAGUCAUCUCCAAGAUUCACUUUACCCAUAUGUCCUCCUUAGAUCUCUGUUCACUUAAAAGAGGAAUUACAGCUCCCGCUGUUAUGUCUGAUAGGUCACUGCAGAUCCAAAGUUCACUGAAUGAUUCAGGUCUUCAAGAUUCAAUUCAUGACGCUUUUGAGUGGAAAGCUCUUGUAUCUGAGGAAAAAGAAUUAAGUCUUCUUCCAUGUGACACAAAAAGCACCUUAUCUAAAAAACAUUGUGUUGAACCUCGUAUUUGCAUCUCGGGGCCUGUCAGUAGUAACUAUCAGCAUCUGAGUUUGUCAGAAAAAAAACCAAAGCGUUGA